CAGAGUAACUGCCUUCGUUUCUUGUUUACUUUUUUCAAUUUUAAGUAUUGAUGCUGCGUUAACGACUCUAGAUCAAACAAACCUUCAGGUUAUUGACUCAUUUGUCUGCAAACAUCUAGAUAUUCUUACCCAAGCAAGAGUUAAAGUAGCCAUAAAGCACCACCAUAAUUUACAAACUCAAUGUAUUGUAAAAGUGAACAAUACCAUAGACCAAUGUAUCUCUUGCAUGCAUGAGUGUGGAGAACAUGUGACUAUUCCUUCUCAUAAUAUUCAGAAUAGUGGAUCAAGUUUGACAAAGGUAUUAGACAAUGUACUGCAUGAUCUUGUACACGACCCUGUUGGCCACUUUGUACAUGGAGCUGUAGAUGUUGUAAAGGAUUUAGGACAUGGUGUCGAACAUGUAGUAGAUGAAAUAUCCCAUGGUAUUCACCAUAUCGGACAUGUUUUCCACCAUGUAUUUGGAAAAAGGAGUGUUUGUGAUACUAAAUGUUCUGCCUGGUGCGAUAAAGUUUACAGUAACGACACACACAUAGUGGAAAGCAAUGUUUGUGGUAGUGCCUACCUGAUUCAAAUUAAAGAAUUAGAAGCACUUGUUCCAAAAUUUGAACAACUUAGCUCUGCUAUCAAAACGAGAGGAAUUGUCAAAAAGGUUGAAUACGACACUGGUUCUCUUAUAUCCAAUGGUGGUACGGUUAAAUUCACCGCUGUGUACUUAACAAUAAAUAUCAGUGGAUAUACAAGACGAAUCAAAACAGGAGAACCUUUCCAGAUGAUGAACACUGAUACAACUACACAAUAUUGGGCUGUGGAAAUAUUGAAUACAUUUUUAUCAUAAUUG